AUGCGUGGAAUUGAAGCUCUUGCCUUCCUGGCCGCCAUCGGUGCCGCUCACGGCCAGAGCACGGUCGGAUUUGGCCCUUAUUUCUCUCUGGGCCCUACCCAGUCGUGGAUUAGAGAGGCCAACACCACCUUGGUUCUACCCGAGGCUCCUAGCCCUCAGAAGGACCGUCUUGCUCUUUGGCCCGGUAUGGGUACAAGCGGUGGUGAUCUGAUCCAGGCUCUCGCUGUUUCUUUCUCCGACCCCAACUCCAACUGUGGCGCCAGCUCUGGACAGUGGUGUACCUGGGCUAGUACCCUUGAGGGCACGCAAUUGGGUGGCAAGGAAGUCCCGGCUUCUGCUGGCGACAAGGUGACCAUGCACUACAAGUACAACGACAGCACGGGCAAGUACGACCAGACCGUCUCGAUCAACGGCGAGGUCGUCUCUACUCUUUCGACCAGCUCGGGACAAGCCCAAGGCUGGGGCACGGCAGUUGAGUGCCAGGACGAUGCGUGCCAGAGCACUGCGGGAGCUCACAAGUACCUUGAUACCACCAUCAUCCUUAACGCCGAGGAUAACUCCUUUGGCGACACCCUGUCCAUCAACGAGGCCAGCUCCUCCGGACUCUCGACCUCGGAUAAUGGCAAGACUUGGACCGUGUCGACCAUCAACAUCAACUCUCACACUUACAACCUGUGA